AUGUUGUCGGCUCCCGUUAAGUCGGCGAAGCGCAUCUCUUCCCUAUUCUCGCUGGGUUCCAGAGAUCGAGACUCACAGAACUCGCCUGUUGCGUCAGGAUCCCAAGAAAACACCAGACCGAGAAGCAGUUCGCGGCCCACUCGUCAUGUCUCGACUCCAAAUGCUGUGUUCUCCUCGGAACCCCGGACGAUGCCAGAUCCGCUGGACCUAGAAAAUCUUCCGCCACCGCCUUCCCUCCUGGCGGUAAACCAAGACCUGGCGAGCAGCGCCCCGAGCUCACCGUCCGAUGCACGCCCAGGCAGCAGAGGUCGGGAUUUAAGCCGACCCUCUAGCUCGAUGGGACUCGCAAUUCCGGGAUCAACCCCAGACUCCAGACCCAGCACACCGUCGAAACGGAGAAGUUGGAUGCCAGGUAGGUCGCGCGCCAGCUCGAUCGACAAAAGACCGCUAGCUCCUUCAUUACCGGGUGCCUGGAUUGCUGGGCUCGAUCAAAAGGUCGUCUACGAUCUCUCACCGUUGUCUCGGGGAGAACAGAUACCCGAACUGUGGAACGAACAGGGCGACACUUACGUGUACCUGUUCCCGCAGAACACCGGCCGCUCCCCGUCAUUCAAGGUCGAUUCCACCAUCUUCGCUGAAUCUCCCUCCCUCACAUACCUCGCCCGCGGAAGCGAUGCCAAGAAUGAUCUCGAGCAACCAACACGCACAUUAUCGCUCAACCCUACGUCGCCCCCGUUGACGCCGCUGGACCAUCUGAACGACGACGACAACGACAGUGCCGGAAGUCAGAGAAUGGCCUUUGGUGAUGAUACACCGGAGGAAGUCCAGGAGAUCCACCUCUACCUGCCCAUUCCCUUGAACUGCGACGUUUCCAACCCACAGGCCCGUCUGCAACAAGAUGAUACCGAGACCCUCCUCUUGUUCCGCAACUUGUUCGCCUUCCUGCUUGGACAGUCCUUGAUUGCCUCCCCCAAGUCCGCAACAUUGUUCUCGAUCUUCAUGGAUGUGGCGGUUUUGUUGGCCCGCUUCGAAUUUUCCAACUUGGACGGUUCCAACUUUGGUGAAACCGCGACUUCCAGCUUCAGCAACUACUGCGAGGAAUUGCGAUUGGCAGAUGUCCGCCGCAGCCGGGAGAAGACCAUCGAGGCCAUUGUGUUGGGUGAGCGCCUACGCUAUUAUCCGCUCUAUAUUGAAGGUUUCGUGCACGGUGUUGGAAAAUUGGACGAGUUGAAGCAGCUCAGGAGCCCGAAGUAUACCUUCAUUCACCCCAUCACGCAAAAGCGGAUGGAGCGAGCAUUUAUUGAUCUCGACAACCGUCUCCGUGGUCUCUAUGGCAAACUCGCCGACUUCGACUUCCCCUCGGUCUUCUCCGGUUCCGCUAACUCGAACACUUCCGAGGAAAGUAAAGUGGUCCGCUUCAAGAACUGGAAAGCCAGCUUCCACGAGUUCCGCCGCUUCACCAUUCAGUAUUAUAGACAGAAGUACGGCUCGUGGCCACCCAAGGCGCGCUCGAAGAAGAACGAGUUUGAAGAAAAUGGUCUCAACCGUCUCCUCCUGCUCGAUCUCUUCCACGAUUUUACCGAUCUAUACGACCUUUUGGUUGACCGGACCGCCCUGACCACCCGUUCAAUCGAUGUAUCAGGCACAGGUGAAGCAUCUGCUACCUCUGAACCCAAGGAGAUGGCAGUGCGCGCCCUGCGUCAUAUUCUCAGCGAAUACGAUCGCAGUACUCCCCCCGUGCUGCCUCCCAUUCCAUUCGACAUUCCACAGUUCCCCUCGUUGCAGCCGUUGCACCGCAAACCCAUGGACGCCAAGAAGGAAGCCAAGCAAAGUACCAAGAAGCUCAAGAACUCCGACGUCAAUGCUGUAUUGAUGGGCUCCUACACCCGGGAGAGCAUGCGGCCCACCCCUUUCAUUGAGAGCUUCAUGCAAUUCGAACGUCGUUGUGCCCAGGGCAAGAACAUCAAUGACAUCACUGAUCUCCGCUGUGGUCAGUGGAUUUUCCUAUACUGCGUCAUCCAGGCCCUGCCCAUGCUCGUCGUGGAUGUCCCCGACGUGCACUUCAGCGAAGGCGUCGAGUACUUCCUCUGCAUUGCCCCUCGUGGUGGUGCUCCUUGGAUCCACAACGACACCAAGACUGCUCGCAGCUGGUUUGGAGUUGCUGGCGGUGCUGGUGUCGUCAGCCUACCCACUGACGUUGUCAUCAACGGCGUCGAAGGUGUUUACCGCCGUAGUCACUGUUGGCAGGUCGCUCAGCAAUGGGCUGAGAUUGGUUCUUUGAUUGACCCUCCCAUGAUGGAAGAUGCCACCUACGAGGACGCUGAAUCUUCCAUCUCAUCCCCCUACCAAGGUCAUCACUCCUCCGCCGAAUCCUCUUCCGAGCCCAACGCCAUGAUGCACCCCGGAGGUGGUCUCACCCCUCCCCCUCCUGCCAUCCCGCGCCAGCGUUCCCCCGGCGCUGGCGCCCGGACGGAGCACCGCCACUCGAUCUACCCCGGACUGGAAGCCCUGCCUCUUCCCGCCGGCAUUGCUCCCAUCGAACCCCCUGCGCGUCCCAUGAGUCGAUUCAACCCCAACAUGAGCUUCGACGAUAUCCUGAAGGAGGUGCCCAAGAAGGGAAAGAAGAACUAA